AUGGUUGUCACCCGCACGUCCAGAAGUCGACGAUCAUGGCUAUUAUGGGAAGGUGUCAUGUACAUGAGAGAGAUCGUCCAGGGUGGUAACGUUUUCGGCAUCCAUGUGAGGCCUUCCAGAUGCGUUAUUCCCCACAAACCGGCAGCUUUUAUUGAUCCUAGUCGACUUGUGAUUGGUUGA